AUGGGAGCAGAUAUGUGGAGCAAAUAUUCUUGUAUCAACUUCAAACACAAUCCCUAUGCUAAGGAUCGAGUCAAAAUAGUAUAUGAAGACGGAUGUUGGUCGAGCCUAGGAAAAAUAGGGGGAGAACAGAAAAUAUCGCUAGGAGAAGGAUGUGGUGUAGCACCAAUUGUUGCUCAUGAGAUUGGCCAUACUAUUGGAUUCUGGCACACCAUGGCAAGNUACGACCGCGACCAGUUCAUCACCUUAAAUCUUGGCAACAUUAAGCAGUCUUGGCUUAGCCAGUUCGCGAAGCAGACACCACAGACAAACGACAACUUUAACCUGACCUACGAUUACGGUAGCAUCAUGCACUACGGAGGAAGGAGUGCCGCGAUUGAUCGAAAAACUCCUACCUUGGUGCCAUUUAAUACCAACUAUCAAGAGACACUUGGUUCGCACUUUAUGUCUUUCAUCGAUUUGCAAAUGAUCAACGAGCUUUAUGGAUGCAAAAAAAACUGUGCUGGUAAAAGAUCGGCGCGAUGUAAAAUGGGCGGUUUCCCCAACCCAAACGACUGCUCUAAAUGUGUCUGCCCUGGAGGAUAUGCUGGAGAUCUGUGUACUGAAAGACCCGAUGAAGGAUGCGGGAGCAAAAUUGAUGCAACGGAAGAAUGGAAGACUCUCACUGAUGUCUUGGGAGACUAUAGUGUACGACAGCCCCUGGAAGAUUUCAAAAAGUGCAAUUACUGGAUCGAAUCUCCCGAAGGAACUGAGAUCAUAGUAGAAAUUGUGAGUCUCAAAGGCCAUCAAGCUGUUGACGGUUGUGUUUAUACCGGUGUGGAAAUCAAGACGAACAAAAAUCAGCAGCUCACUGGUUUCAGGUGUAGUUCUCGUAGUUUUAUUCCUUCAUUCUCAUGA